GGUGUUUGUGGGCAGGUCUACAAAUUAGACGUCAAGAAAAGUAUAAAUACAAAUACCAUUUCUUGUUCAAAACUCUACGAAACUGUAACGGUGUAUCUGGCAUCUAAGAACAUUGUAGUAGUGGUUUGUUCUCAGUUAAGAUUUUACCAAGCUAAAUACACUAGAAUUUCACCUAUUUUCAGAUAAGUCUACAAGUGAGCUAUGGCACGUACCAAGCAGACCGCCCGUAAAUCCACUGGUGGAAAAGCACCCAGGAAACAACUGGCCACCAAGGCUGCAAGGAAAAGUGCGCCAUCUACUGGCGGUGUGAAGAAACCUCACCGAUACAGGCCGGGUACAGUGGCUCUGAGAGAAAUUCGUCGGUACCAGAAAUCCACUGAGCUGCUGAUCAGGAAACUGCCUUUUCAGCGGCUAGUCCGUGAGAUUGCCCAGGACUUCAAGACAGACCUCCGCUUCCAGAGUGCUGCCAUUGGUGCUCUGCAGGAAGCCAGUGAGGCAUACCUUGUUGGCCUGUUUGAGGACACCAACCUGUGUGCCAUCCAUGCCAAGAGGGUCACCAUCAUGCCCAAAGACAUCCAGCUGGCUAGGCGAAUCCGAGGCGAGCGUGCAUAAUAUGAACUUUGAACUCUUGGCGGGAAGGUGGGUGAUAUUGGCUGGGGUGUUCAACCAUAAAUUACUAUGCUGGACAAACAACAAUUUCAUUGCCUUAUGAACUCAGUAAAAGCAAUCAGUCAAUUUAAAUAAAUUCAUUAGGCCCUAAUCUAUAGAUUUCACAUGACUGGGUACAGGUAUGCAUCUGUUGGUCACAAAUACCUUAGAAUGGGACUCAGGAUCUCAUCGGUUUUGAGCAUUGAAGUUGCCAUCGAUAAAAUGCAAUUGUUUUCAUUGUCUGUACAUAACCCCACCAUGGGGCACUCUGUUCACAACAUGAACAUCAGCAAUGGUUGUGAGGCCAGUUGGACGUACUGCCAAAUUCUCUUAAACAAUGUUGGAUGCGGCUUAUCAGCUCUGGUGGACAUUCCUGCAGUCAGAAUGCCAAUUUCAUGCUCGCCCAACUUGCGACAUCUGGCAUUGUGACAACUGCGCAUUUUAAUUGGCCUUUGUCCCCAGCACAAGGUGUCCCUGUGUAAUCAUGCUGUUUAAUCAGCUUCUUGAUAUGCCACACCUGUCAGGUGCAUGGAAAAUGAGAAAUGCUCACUAAUGGGGAUGUAAAACAAUUUGUGCACAAAAUUUAAGAUUUGUGUGUAAAAUCUUUAUUUUUUUUAAUUUCAGCUUGAACUUGGGACAAUCUUUGUUCAGUGUAUGUAGUCAUUUUUGUAUGGUCUCAUUAGUAAAAUAAAAGCUUGGUAUUUAUAGUACAUUAGUAGCAAGUUUCAUGCAAAAACAUUCCUACUCUUUUCUCUCAGGUUUUGAAACUUUUUUUUUUUUUAAAUGGUAAUACUUUUAGGUCAUCUUAAUGUAGUAUGCAUAUCACAUUAUGGCCAUUUGUUGUAAAUAAAAUUUCCACUACCUCACUUGGA